AUGGGACGCACGCCCUUGUUUGUGGUGGCCGAGAAGGGCCACGUCGAUGCCGUCACGGCCUUUCUCGAAGCCAAAGCCAACAUCUUUGCUAUCAACAAGGCUUGGACGGCAGCCACGUUCCCAGCUGCUGCAGCGUCGAGAAGCGCACUCUACUCAGCCGCAUGA